GACGAGUGAUUAAUGCUGAUGUCGGUGGCGAGAGAGCAGAAGAAGAAGAAGAAUAAAAAGUGGGGGCAAAGAUCGUCGCGGAUCGUUUGAGGUCGCCGGGUCCCCAGCGAAUCACAGCGCGGAGCAGCCUCGCGGGGUCGGCCAGAGCCAGCGGCAGCCGCGUGCGACACCGGCGUCAGCUCUGACAGCAGCCACCAACUCUGCUUGCAUAAUCACGUAUCUCUCGUGAUACAGACACAUACACGCGCGGAGCUGCGAGUCUUCAUAGGCACGCUCCCUACAUCUCGGCCGACAAAUUACACGACUAGAAUUGGCGAGCGACAGUUAUUGUUGUCAUCAUAUCAGCGAUAGGAAAUUAAGGGUCUAUGCAAGCAGCGAGGCGCGCUCACGACCCAGCGCCCCCUCCUGCGAGCCCCGCUCCCGUCACCCGAACGUCCAGCGAGAGGUCCCCGCAGCGGCGGUGAUCGGCGGCGGCGAGAUUCACUCGGGAGCCAUCGGCUGAGCGGGGGGGGGGGGGGCAGCCAUGGGGUGCGGAGAGGAGAUGGACCUGCACGUGCCCAGCUACGCCGAGCUCGACGAGCGGGAGAAGGACACGGCCGGCGACCGGCCCAAGUGGGACAACAAGACGCAGUACAUGCUCACCUGCGUCGGCUUCUCGGUGGGGCUCGGCAACGUGUGGCGCUUCCCUUACCUGUGCCAGAGCCACGGCGGAGGAGCCUUCAUGAUCCCGUUCCUGAUCCUCGUGGUGCUGGAGGGCAUCCCUCUGCUCUACCUGGAGUUCGCCAUCGGCCAGAGGAUGCGCAAGGGGAGCCUGGGCGUGUGGAACACGGUGCACCGCGGCUUGGGCGGCGUUGGGAUCGCCUCCAUGCUGGUGUCUCUGCUCGUGGGUCUCUACUACAACACCAUCAUCUGCUGGGUCAUGUGGUACUUCUUCAACUCGUUCCAGGAUCCCCUGCCCUGGAGCUACUGCCCCCUCAACGACAACCAGACAGAGCAAGUCCCAGAAUGUGCCAAGAGCUCCCCCACGGACUACUUCUGGUACCGCGAGACGCUUAACGUCUCCCCCAAGAUCGACUCGGCGGGCGGCCUGCAGUGGUGGCUCGUGCUGUGCCUCAUCUGCGCGUGGGCGGUCGUCUACGUGUGCACCAUACGGGGCAUCGAGACCACAGGCAAGGCCGUCUACGUCACCUCGACGCUGCCGUACGUGGUGCUCACCAUCUUCCUCAUCCGUGGCCUCACCUUGGAGGGCUCGGUGGACGGCAUCAUCUUCCUCUUCACUCCCAACAUCUCCGAGCUAGCCAACCCACAGACGUGGCUGGACGCCGGCACGCAGGUCUUCUACUCCUUCUCGCUCGCCUUUGGAGGCCUCAUCUCCUUCUCCAGCUACAACCCCGUGCACAACAACUGCGAGCGCGACGCCGUGGUCAUCUCCAUCAUCAACGCCUGCACCUCCAUCUACGCCGCCACCGUCAUCUACUCCAUCAUCGGAUUCCGUGCCACCGAGCAGUUCAACGCCUGCUUUGACAGUAACAUCUUGUUGCUUACAAACACCUUCGACCUGCCCGAGGGCUACGUGACGCAGUCGUCGUACUCCACCAUCCUGGAGAGCCUGAACGGCACGAACCCGGACACCAUCGCCUCGCUCAGCCUCAACACUUGUGACCUCAACACCCUGCUGAUGGGUUCGGUUUCCCAAACGGGGCUCUCCAUGUGCUGCUAG